GUAGCGGGCCGAGCCCCGGGGGAGCGGGGCUGCAGCUGGGGGCGGGAGCCCGCGGGGAGCCGAGCCGAGCGCCCCCCGCCGCAGCCCCCGACAUGGGCAGGACUGGGAGGCCGGGGCGGGCGCCAGGCGCGGCGCGCUGAGGGUCUUAGAGGUAAAACAACUUUCCUGCUCCGUGUCCAGACUCCUGACUCCUAAAGGGUCUCCCAUGGGAUUGCUGGGACCUUGCUGGGUGAGAUGGCACUGUGUGCAAAAAAGCGCCCCCCAGAAGAAGAAAGGCGGGCUCGAGCCAACGACCGGGAAUACAACGAGAAAUUCCAGUAUGCGAGUAACUGCAUCAAGACCUCCAAGUACAAUAUCCUCACCUUCCUGCCUGUCAACCUCUUCGAGCAGUUCCAGGAAGUUGCCAAUACCUACUUCCUGUUCCUUCUCAUUCUGCAGCUGAUCCCCCAGGUGUCCUCCCUGUCCUGGUUCACCACCAUCGUGCCUUUGGUUCUCGUCCUCGCCAUCACAGCUGUUAAAGAUGCCACCGAUGACUAUUUCCGCCACAAGAGUGACAACCAGGUGAAUAACCGGCAAUCCCAAGUGCUGAUCCGCGGGAGCCUCCAGCAAGAGCCGUGGAUGAACGUCUGUGUUGGUGAUAUCAUCAAGCUGGAAAAUAAUCAGUUUGUGGCGGCGGAUCUCCUCCUCCUUUCCAGCAGUGAGCCCCAUGGCCUGUGUUACAUAGAGACAGCAGAACUCGACGGGGAGACCAACAUGAAAGUGCGCCAGGCGAUCCCAGUCACCUCAGAGUUGGGAGACAUCAGUAGGCUCGCCAAAUUUGAUGGGGAGGUGGUCUGCGAGCCGCCCAACAACAAGCUGGACAGGUUCAGCGGGACCCUGUACUGGAAGGAGAGCAAGAUUCCGCUGAGCAACCAGAACAUGCUGCUGCGCGGCUGCGUGCUGCGCAACACGGAGUGGUGCUUCGGCCUGGUGGUGUUUGCGGGCCCCGACACAAAGCUGAUGCAGAACAGCGGCAGGACCAAGUUCAAGAGAACGAGCAUCGAUCGCCUGAUGAAUACACUGGUGCUCUGGAUUUUCGGGUUCCUGGUCUGCAUGGGGGUGAUCCUGGCCAUCGGCAACGCCAUCUGGGAGCAUGAGGUCGGGACACGCUUCCAGGCCUACCUGCCCUGGGACGAGGCGGUGGACAGUGCCUUCUUCUCUGGCUUCCUCUCCUUCUGGUCCUACAUCAUCAUCCUCAACACCGUUGUGCCCAUAUCGCUCUAUGUCAGCGUGGAGGUCAUCCGCCUGGGCCACAGCUACUUCAUCAACUGGGACAAGAAGAUGUUCUGCGCUAAGAAGCGGACGCCCGCAGAGGCCCGCACCACCACCCUGAGCGAGGAGCUGGGCCAGGUGGAGUACGUCUUCUCCGACAAGACGGGCACGCUCACGCAGAACAUCAUGGUCUUCAGCAAGUGCUCCGUCAGUGGCCGCAGCUAUGGGGACGUGUUCGAUGUCCUGGGACACAAAGCCGAAUUGGGAGAGAGGCCAGAGCCUGUGGACUUCUCCUUCAAUCCUCUGGCCGACAAGAAGUUCGUCUUCUGGGACCCCAGCCUCCUGGAGGCCGUCAAGACGGGCGACCCCCAUGCGCACGAGUUCUUCCGCCUCCUUUCUCUGUGUCACACCGUCAUGUCUGAAGAGAAGAACGAAGGCGAGCUAUACUACAAGGCACAGUCCCCGGACGAGGGUGCCUUGGUCACCGCGGCCAGGAACUUCGGUUUUGUGUUCCGCUCUCGCACUCCCAAAACCAUCACCGUGCACGAGAUGGGCACAGCCGUCACCUACCAGCUGUUGGCCAUCCUGGACUUCAAUAACAUCCGCAAGCGGAUGUCCGUCAUCGUGCGGAAUCCAGAAGGGAGGAUCCGACUCUACUGUAAAGGGGCCGACACGAUCCUGCUGGACAGGUUGCACCCCUCCCCCCAGGAGCUGCUCAGCACCACCACGGACCACCUGAAUGAGUACGCCGGGGAAGGGCUGCGGACCCUGGUCCUGGCGUACAAGGACCUGGACGAAGAGUACUACGGGGGCUGGGCCCAGAGACGGCUCCAGGCCAGCCUGGCCCAGGACAGCCGGGAGGACAGGCUGGCCAGCGUGUACGAGGAGGUGGAGAGCGACAUGGUGCUGCUGGGUGCGACAGCCAUCGAGGACAAGCUUCAGCAGGGGGUGCCGGAGACCAUCGCCCUCCUGACGUUGGCCAACAUCAAGAUCUGGGUGCUGACUGGGGAUAAGCAAGAAACGGCCGUGAACAUCGGCUAUUCCUGCAAGAUGUUGACGGACGACAUGACGGAGGUGUUCAUCGUCACUGGCCACACCGUCCUGGAAGUGCGGGAGGAGCUCAGAAAAGCCCGGGAGAAGAUGCUGGACUCGCCCCACGCGGUGGGGAAUGGCUUCACCUGCCCGGAGAAGCGUCCGUCUGCCAAGCUCCCUUCUGUCCUGGAGGCCGUUGCCGGGGAGUACGCCCUGGUCAUCAGUGGGCACAGCUUGGCCCACGCGUUGGAGGCGGACAUGGAGCUGGAGUUCCUGGAGACGGCCUGUGCCUGCAGGGCCGUCAUCUGCUGCCGCGUGACCCCUUUGCAGAAGGCACAGGUGGUGGAGUUGGUUAAGAAACACAAGAAAGCUGUGACGCUGGCCAUCGGGGAUGGAGCCAAUGAUGUCAGCAUGAUCAAGACGGCUCACAUCGGCGUGGGCAUCAGCGGCCAGGAGGGCAUCCAGGCUGUGUUGGCCUCAGACUACGCCUUCUCCCAGUUCAAGUUCCUGCAGCGCCUCCUGCUGGUGCACGGCCGCUGGUCCUACCUGCGCAUGUGCAAGUUCCUCUGCUAUUUCUUCUACAAGAACUUCGCCUUCACCAUGGUCCACUUCUGGUUUGGCUUCUUCUGCGGCUUCUCCGCCCAGACCGUCUAUGAUCAGUAUUUUAUCACUCUUUACAACAUUGUGUACACCUCCCUCCCAGUCCUAGCCAUGGGGGUCUUCGACCAGGACGUCCCGGAGCAGCGGAGCAUGGAGUACCCCAAGCUCUACGAGCCGGGCCAGCUGAACCUCCUCUUCAACAAACGGGAGUUCUUCAUCUGCAUUGCGCAGGGCAUCUACACGUCCGUGCUCACGUUCUUCAUACCGUAUGGGGUGUUCGCCGAGGCCACGCGGGACGACGGCUCCCAGCUGGCCGAUUACCAGUCAUUCGCCGUCACCGUGGCCACGUCCCUGGUCAUUGUGGUCAGCGUGCAGAUCGGGCUGGACACCGGCUACUGGACAGCCAUCAACCACUUCUUCAUCUGGGGCAGCCUGGCCGUCUACUUCGCCAUCCUCUUUGCCAUGCACAGCAACGGGCUCUUCGACAUGUUUCCGAACCAGUUCCGGUUUGUGGGCAAUGCCCAGAACACUCUGGCGCAGCCCACGGUGUGGCUAACCAUCGCGCUCACCACGGCUGUCUGCGUCAUGCCCGUGGUCGCCUUCCGAUUCCUCAAGCUGAGCCUGAAGCCGGGUCUCUCAGACACGGUGCGUUACAGCCAGCUGGUGAGGAAGAAGCAGAAGGCCCAGCACCGCUGCCUGCGCCGCGUGGGCCGCACCAGCUCCCGCCGGUCAGGCUACGCCUUCUCGCACCAGGAAGGCUUCGGGGAGCUCAUCAUGUCGGGCAAGAACAUGCGGCUCAGCUCCCUGGCGCUGGCCGGCUUCACCACGCGCUCUAGCUCUAGCUGGCUCGAGAGCCUGCGGCGCAAGAAGAGCGACAGCGCGGGCAGCCCCAGCGCGGGGCCUGACAAGCCCCUCAAGGGCUGAGGGCUGCUCCCGGGGCGCCCCACACCCUCCCUGCGGGCUCCGUCCUGCCCGCGGGCACCUGCGGCCGGCACCUGCGGACAGGUGCGGGGCGCGGGGUGGGGGCGGGGCCUCCGAGCGGGCGCCCCAGGGAAGGGUCCGACGUGGAACCAAAACCUGAAGAAGUUGAGAUUGGGUCUGCCCCAGCCCUGCGUGGAUCCCGCAGGCAGACUAUAAUCUCUGUAUUUUUUUACUCCCACUCCCCAGAGGGGGCCGAGAGCCUCUGUUCCUGAAUUACACAAGAAUGUAUCACGCCGGGAAGCCAGAGAUCUGCUGCGGCCCACGGGCCCUGCACGUUGUGUGUGUCUCUCCUUGAUUUGUGUUUGUGUCCAGUUUGGGUUUGUGUUUCUUAUUUGGCAGGAGAGGGGGUUACUGAGUGACUUCUGUGUUGUGGGAACAGGAGGCCGGCCCCCAGGGGUGCCCUGGCUGGCUGGGUUGGGGGGGAUCCGCAGGAACCACCGCUCAGGGAGGAAGGCACCCGUCUGCCCGAGGGGUGUGCAGAGCACGGAGGAGGAUUUGGUGCCGUCUCCUUCCGCAUCUUGAGAGGGAAGUGCUCCUUCCUCCCCCAACACACGUGUCUGUCCCUGGUCCGUAACUCCUGCUGGUGUCGGGCUGAGCCCGGGUGCACGGUCCUGUCAUCUCUGACCUAAGGCCGAUGUGAGAUGUCCAGAAAAAGAUUUCUGUCAUUUUAAAUUUUGAUCUGAGUUCGUUAGCAGAGUCCUGCCUGUCUUCCUCUCACAUCAUCUGGCAUUUUCCUGCAUCUACACCUGGAACCAGAGACGGGUCUGAAAGGGGAAGUUGACCUCUGCUUCUCCCUUCUUGUACAUGGGGGUCCCUCCCCUCUAGGCCCAGCGUCUGGCAAGAGGUGUGGAGGAGUAGGAGGGCUGGACCAGCCAGCUGGGGGCAGCGGUGCCUGGCUGGGCCUGGGCGUGCCUGUCCUUCCUUCCCACCAGCCACACCCCAAAUCGGGCUUCUGGGGUAGUUGCUCCCAGUUCAGUCCAGGUAGUGGAGGGGUUGCUGAGGGCUGGUGUGGAGUUGGGAGGGGCCCUUAGGUCUCAUUCAGUGUGGCAGCCACAAGGGAGGUGGGCUGGGCAGGGACCAAGGGGAGGGGAAGCUUAACAGGGAAAUCCCUUUUGGCCACACAGUUUACAAACCCAACAUCAUGUCUGUUUGUGUGUCUCUCAAGGUGAGAGUCUGAUUUUUAUACCAAAGAGGAGAUGAUUUUUUUUUCAUAUUUGAUUUGUCUAUAUUAUAUAAAUAUAUAUAUAUAUAUAUAUAUAUAUAUAUACAGUUAUAUAUAUAUUAUUUUUUUGGUUCUCUCUCGUUUUUUUAGGGAGGGAAGCAGUACCAAGUUGCAUUGAGCUGUAAUUAAGGAACAUUCUGUAUAAUUUAUGACACAUUUCUAUACUUGCAAGAAUUAUAUCAUUUUAUGGACAUAAGAGAAAAAAAUGCCUUUUAUAAAAUCCCAAUUUCUGAGAA